GGGGUGCCAGUCCAUUGAUGUUCAGUAUUCUGCAUAUCAUGAAAAUAUGAAAUAGAAGUACUUAGCUACAAAAUAACAUAUACAAGAACAAAUUUCUAGUGAAAUGCAUCAUGAUAAAAUCUGAUAAAUGAGAUGUAAAAUAGUGUGCACUUCAAAGAGCCCUAACACACUUGAAUGUUGCCCUACAAUUAUAAAAAUUUCUUGUGGUGAUUAUGUAAUCAUUAAGCUUAAAAAAAAACUGUGCUCUACAUCUUAUAGUUUUUUUGUAAUAACAUUUUUUUUCAAAAUUGUUGACCAUUUUUUACUUCCCUGCUACUACUGACCUGAAAUGUGGGAACUUCUUUCCCAAGAUUUUUGCCAAUUUUUUUCCCGGUUCAGCAGUGUCUGAAGUAACCCCCGGAAUGUGCGAACAGGCUCAGAUACAUAAACCCAAUGAAAUAUAGCUACUGUCCGAAGUCCCCUCAAGGGUGUCCGAAGUCCCCCCAGACAUGGGGUGACUUCGGACACAUAUUUUUUCACUUAGCACAAAAACUAUUAAGUUUCGUGAAAAUAUUGUACCAUGUAAUGAUAGCCCUUAACAAUACAGAGUAAAUGCACACUUAGCAUAGAUCCUAGGCCUAGAAACAAAAAUUUCAUAAGCAAAAAAAAAACUUGAAAACUGUCCGAAGUCACCCCGGUUUACGGUGGUCCAAAACCCACACUGCCCAUGGUUCCCCACACAAUCUGACACACUAGAACACUUCCUGCUUUAUUGCUUAAGAUUCCACUCCUUGCACACCAACCUCAAAGCAUCCCUAACCAGGCUCCACUUUCACAGGCCAACUCUAGAGGACCUGCUGGGCAGCGACACCCUCCGCCCCAACACUGCCUUCCAAGCCCUCAAGUGUACAAAGACCUUCCUGCAGAAGUCAGGUCAACUUGACAGGAUCUAGUCCUUACCCUGGUGGCAGAACAACAAACCAACAACAUUUAUUAGCAAUUAGCACUGCCGGGGCACUUGAGGCCGUGGCCCCAUGACCUAACCAGCCCCUAAAACAUUCCAGUAAUAAAAGAAAAAGAAGAAGAAGCGGCAGCACCAUGCCUCUGCUGUCAGUGAUGCACUCCAUCCUUGGUCUGUUGUACCAGUGGAACCUCUGUAAGAUCAUGUUCUCAGUCUACAUUGUGGCGAUCAGCCUGAGUGGAUCUAUCAUCAACUUCCUGAGUGGGGUGGUGACCGUACCACCGCUCCUGCUUCAGGCCUUCGUGUUUGGCAAGAUGGCCAGUGACAGCCAGGUGAGCAGACUGCUGGCCCUGCUGGAGGUGCCGCGCAGAUGGUUCCUCCAUUUCUACAUUUUGGCAUCAAUAGUGGUGACAGUGGCACUCACUCUAGUGUGGCAUGUGUGUGUGCUGGGUGCCAGCCUCCCAGGGUGGGCUGCCUCCAUCCUUGAUUUGCUCACCUCACCACACAGGACACAUGCAGUGAGUGCGACCAGUGCCACUCUUGCACUGUGCCUGCUGGCGCUCCAGAUAUAUCGCCGACUGUAUGAGAACCUAUGCGUGAGUAUCUUCAGCUCGGGCCACAUGAACAUCCUGCACUACAUUGUUGGCCACACCCACUACCUCGGGGCAGUGGCACUCCUCAUCUCCCAGGCACCAGGCUUCACCACCAGAGAGUCACCAGUUGUGUUUACUAGAAUUGAGGUGCAACAUGUUGUUGGCAGUCUGAUGUUUCUGUUUGGGUUUGUGGUGCAGCACCAGAGUCUCUGUCUACUGGCAGGGCUGAGGAAGAACAGAGGUGAGCAGAUGCAGGAAAAGUACCUGAUGCCUGAGGGAGGGCUGUUUGAGGUGGUGUCGUGCCCUCACAUGUUGGCUGAGGUGGUGAUCUAUGCGGGGGUGCUCGUCGUCCUUGGUCCCCUCACUGACUGGCUCUGGGUGACUCUCUGGGUCCUCUCCAACCAGGUGCAGGUGGCAGUGAUGAACCACAACUGGUACCAAGACACUUUUAAGGACUACCCAAAGCACCGGUGUGCCAUCAUUCCUUUCCUAUUGUGAAGGAAGGAGUGCCCAACCACCUGAAUGAUGGCUGUCCUGGGAUGUGGGAAUGCCAGCCACCCAUUGCUCGUGUGGCUCUGUGAUGCACUUCCUGUCUGACAGCGUUGUGGGUGGCUCCUCUUGUUCUUUACCUAUGCAUAGUUUUAUCUGUCCUUGCUUCUGAUUUACUCCCAGGAUGCUGGUACAGUCAUACCUCGGUUCACAAGUUAAAUUAGCUCUGGAAUGUUCCUCACAAACCAUAAACCUCAUAAACCAAAAGCCUUGCAAACUGAAACAAAUUUUCUCAUUUAAAUUGAUGUGAAUCCCAUUAACCCUCUCGCGCACGAUGACGCGUUUCGCGUCAUCAAAGUUAAAAAGUUGAUUAAAAAUUAAGUUUUCGGUGGAAGUGCGUCAUAUUUGGAAUGUCAUUUGUUGGGAUAAGUUUUUUAAUGGUAACAUAUGGCAACCUUUCUAAGGAGCGCAAAUGAGGAGCGUGGAGUGAUUUUUAGUUGUUAGCCUACUCUGAAGGGAGAGGAAAAAAUACAGUUUUCUUGGUGUAACUCAGGAACUAAUAGGCGUAUGAAGAUUUUGAGGAUACCAUAAGAAUCCUCACUAAAUUCCGCUUCGAAACAUAUAUUCGGCUAAAAAAGUUGGCCCACAAAAUUUCAAGAUAGCAAGUGGGGAAGAGUUGGUACUUAGAAUUUAUUGUCUACAAUACUCUAUACGGAGACUUGAAACGAGUUUCUAUUGUUUAUAUAUAUUUUUUUCUCUAUUUUUAUUUGUGCAUGUUCUAGUAUAAGUUUUUAUGAAGCCAUUGAUACCAAAUUUAUUGGGGUACGAUAUAUCUGUAAUGGUAAAAUACUUACUGGAAUAUAGAGUUUCGCGGCAGAAAAAAAAGGCUGGUCAGGCCUGAGAGAUGCAUGGUGAGUGGAAGAGAAACUUACUGGAAACUUACUGUGCGCGAGAGGGUUAAUGCAUCCUAUAUCCCCCCAAAAUAUUAACAAAAAUCAUUUUACAUGUUAUUUUGUACAGAAUAAAAGUAAUUUUACUGACAAAUAGCUAUGAUAGGUAAUAUAAAUUAUAUAGUAUAAGAAUAUAGAUAUAAAUAAUAUAAAAAAUGUAGUAUAAAGAUAUAAAUAUAAAUAAUAUAUUAUAAUAUAUAAAUAAUGUAGUAAAUAAUAUAGUGCUGAAAACACAAAUAUCGCACACUAGAGCACAAACGUCAGCAGACCCAAGCGUACGGGUGCUACCCCUGCGAGUGUGAACGCAGACUGAAGGCGGUGUCAUACUGGAUGUUUUCCUCCAACUGUUGGAGCUAGGAGCAACCGUGGUUGCCUGCACACCCAACUGGGAGUGAGUUAUUAGUUUGGGUAAACACUCCUGUCCUGCCAUCUUUGUAGCCAUGAUCGUACCCACAACUGCUUUUUCCUUCCAUUUAACUGUAGCAACAUGUCCAUAUAUGAGUAGCAGCAGCACGAGCAACACCAGCCCUUACUUUUGCAAAUGGUGCCAUGUGGAUACAUUGCAACUGGUUUAUUUAUGUUGUGGAUACAGGCAACUGACCUUGGUCGUGUGUGACGCACCCCCAGAAAAGUUAAAGUUGCCGGUUGUGCCUACCGCCAGCACGGUUGGAGGAAAAAGGUCCAGUGUGACACCAGCUUGAAACCCCAUUCCCAAAGAACAAAAGGAACCCACGCUCGCGUCUUCGACUUGUACAAACAGGAUACUCAUACACCAAGUCACCGCUUGUAAACCAAAGCAUUUUUUUUUUCUCAUAAAUCAAUGCUCUUGUAAACUAAGGCACUUGUAAACCAAGGUAUUACUGUAUAAUUUUCUGUGUUGUGUCUUCCUUUCUUCAAUGGGUUGCUUUUUUUUAGCUCAUCUUUGAUCCUCUUUUAGAGAGAAUUAAUCUACAGUCUGGGUUGGUAGGUUGUCUUCAGGACAGUAUGUGAGUGGUCUUAGGCCACUCAGCAAUGAUUGAGUAAUUGCCAGCCUGUUUGUAGAAGUGGGCGGGACGUGAAUAUGCGUCCUCCUGGAUGCCACACCCACACGCUGACCACUCAGCCCUCGCCUCACACCUGUAUUGUAGUCUAAUGCAUAGGACUGGUGAAAGAUCAGCAGUUCAGGUCUGAAGACAGGGGUUCAUUUUCUUGGUCUUCAAGCUGUUGAUUUGCUCUUCCGUUUUGAGUUGCUUCUCCUGUAGGAGUCAUUCCCUCUUCCACAGCAUGCAGGUUAUUGUUUGGUUCUGGAUGUUUUGUCAUACCUAGAAAAAAGUGAUGGAAAACCCCUCAUGAACGAUCUUUCAUUUCUGCCUAGACUGUCUGGCACUGACUGUUAAGAGAUCUGUAAUUGGAAAUUCAUCUUUAACACAUUCCAAAAUCUGGGUGCCUCUGGAGUUGAUCUCAUGGAACUUUGGGUUUUUUAUUACAAACAUCCUCUUGCAAAAAAUGUAAUGGUGUUACUAUAAAAUGUUUUCAUGACCAAGAAAUAAUAUUUGAAUGUUUAUAUACUUAUUAAUUUAAAGUAGUGUCAAAGCAAAUUCAUGAGGUUUGUUAAGAUGUGUGUUUUGGCCAAAUAUGUUUUUGAUUGCUGAAAUUUCUCUUUAGCCACUACAUUUAAUUUGCAAAAUCAUAGCAGAUUCAGACAAAACAUGCACACACAAAAAAGGGAAAAACUUUGCCACAAGCAGAAGAAAGUCAGCUGGACUGAUUUUACUUCUUUGUACAGUGAUGAAUGGACAUCAUAUAUAGAGCUUCUAGUACAUCUCUUGACGGGCCAGAGGCUCCCAGAGAUGCACUGCUGAUCAGUCAGGGGCUUUAGAGAGUUAUGGCACUUCAGAAAUACUAAGUAAUAAGAGCUUUCCUGCUGUGAAAGGCAGAGCUAUGAGAAUUUACUACAUGAGGAUCCAGUUUAUGACAUGUUUGGCUGUGCUAAUGUAAGGUUGGCAUUUUUAUAUACUCUGCUGAAGAUUAUGGUCAAUACAAAUAGUUUCUAUGGUAACUUAAUUUAAAAGUAAAAUAAUGUGAUAA